CGAUUUUCGGAUUAGCAAGAUGAAGUUGUACAUUGCCUUACUGUUAGCCGCCGUGGCUGUGGUGGAAUGUGGCCAUACUUUCGUGGGUACUAACGUGAUGAGACCGCAGGUGUACCAUAGUAACGUCUAUUACUCCUCGUUGGUGUUCCGGAAGAGAAUUGAGAACUUGUACUAUGUUCUUCCGACUUUGCCUGCAAACGCCGGUCGUGUUAUCCAGCUGAACAAACUAGACACGGUUCUUAUUACUCGCUUAUUUACGCCGGGCAACACUUUGCGUCAUUUCAGCAUGCCACAAGGCCGCAUGCUACAAAAACUAAAAAUGUCGCAAAUUGUAACAGGAAUCGUGUGGCAUAGCAACACGUUACGUCAUCAUGACCUUUACAGCGUAACUGGGUUUAGGUUUAGGGAUGGCGAGAUCCUAGAAGGACCUCAAGCCGAGAAUUGGCGAGUGCCUCUAGAGGUACUCCAGGCGGAUGUCAUCUCCUCACGGGGGAAGUCUCUUCGUCUGGAGCCUCUAGACUACUCGAACCUGAGGGGGACAGCUCAGCUAGAGGGUGGUGUUUUGGCCUACGAUUUAAGUAAUUCUGAUGCAACAGCGAACAUCACUCAAGGCGGAAUCGGAUACAAUUACGUUAAUCUACGAAUGAAGAGUUCCCGAGGGAAGAGUAUCAAAUUUGACGUUUAUAUUUAUGCUUGAUUUAUUUAAAGAAACCUUUAUUUAGUUAAGCUUGUUAUUUCAGCCUUUCCAGUUUUCAAUUAUCCUUAUGCAAGAAGUUUACCUUUUAAGGGUAAGGUAUCUCA